UGUUUUUCCGUGUCCAUGACUUCCGUGUUUCUCAUUUUUUCAUAGCUGAAACUUGAAGAAGGCGAAUAUAUACCGGCUUUCUGCAUUUCAAAGCAGACGUCGGCUGCGGUCCACCCAAAUGUCUUCCUCGUGUGAAGACGAAUGCAACUACGAUUGCUCUGUAUCCUAUACUUACGAUCCAAACAACAAUAAGAGUAUCGUGGAAGAGAAAAAUGUCGAAAGCGAAAACGCCCGCUACUCCUUAAGAAAUCUACGUAUUUCGGGAUCGCCGAACGCGACGACGAGAAAUAAAGUGGUUCUAAAGGAUCUCAAGAGUAUCACAACGAUUGGCACGGGUACGUUUGGACGAGUUGAGCUGACAAAGCACCGACGCACUGGGCAACAUUUUGCAUUGAAAAUUCUAAAUAUACAUAAGGUAAUCAAGACACGACAGAUUGAACAUGUACAUAAUGAAAAGAAAGUCUUGAAUCAACUCGAACACCCAUUCAUUGUCAAAUUGAUCUCAACCGAUAAAGAUGAUACAAAUCUUUACAUGAUUAUGGAGUUUAUACCUGGUGGUGAACUGUUCUCUUACCUUCGAGCUUCAAGAGUAUUCUCAAACGCCAUGAGCCGUUUUUAUGCAGCUGAAAUCGUAUGUGCUUUGGAAUAUAUUCACGGCAAAAAUAUAGUUUACCGUGACCUCAAACCAGAAAAUUUAAUGCUUUGCCGUGAUGGACACAUCAAAAUGGCAGACUUUGGAUUUGCCAAAGAACUGAGGGAUAGAACAUAUACAUUGUGCGGAACUCCAGAAUAUUUGGCACCUGAAUCGUUAGCGAACAAGGGGCAUAACAAGGCUGUAGACUGGUGGGCACUUGGUAUCCUCAUUUACGAGAUGAUGGCCGGACGACCGCCAUUUCGUGGCAGCACCACUACCGAGAUUUAUAACUCCAUCAUGGAACACAAAUUGAAGUUUCCUCGAAGUUUUAACCUAGUUGCUAAGGAUAUUGUCAAGAAAUUGCUGGAAAUUGACCGAACGAUGAGACUGGGUUGCAUGAAAAACGGGGUUCGAGAUGUUCUCGAUCACAAGUGGUUCCAGAAGGUCGACUGGAAGGCGGUUCGCCAACUCAAAGUCGAGCCACCUAUCAUUCCAACCCUGUAUCAUCCUGGAGAUACUGGAAAUUUCGAUGUUUAUGAAGAAGAGAAGGAUCAUGGCGUGGUAGCAGCAGACGAAGAGAAACAGCUAUUCAGUGAUUGGUGAAACUCGUCCAAGCCAAAACUGCUCGUCCUAAAGUAGUCUGCACAUAUUGUACAGUUCACAAAUGAUUAUUCUCAUGUCUUGUACUUUGCCCAGGCUCUCAGCAUUUUUAGAAGUAGUUAUUACCACUCAGGGUUCCUCAUAGUUUCCGAGAUUUUACUGGAAGUAUUGAAACGUAUGCGCAACAUCGAACCAUAUAAGCCCAUUGAAAAAAAAUGUUAUUGACAAUUUUUCUAAAGUACAAAUUGUAAGCUACAUUUGUAAUAUCAGAAAAUAUGUUUGAUUCACAGAGCAACAGCUCCGAGUGUGGAUCCGGCGUUACCUGCGAACUUUUUUGUGCGAAUUAGUAUUUCUCUUGGUACUUUUCUAUCAUUUCACUUCUCUCAUUCCUUUUUUUCUUAGCAUUUUAUGCUUUUAGGCUCAAGCCUCUUUCCUCAGUUAUUGGCACACAUCGAGAUUGAAAUCAUUGUAUUUUUGGGUCGAUUGAAGUUAUUGGUGAACGUGUCGUGCUUCUUGAUGAUGAUGCUGUUAAUAAAGUGUUGUUUUCAGUUUU